AUGCGUUUUAGGAAAUUAACAUUGAUAAGUGAAGGAAGGAUGCAUCAGAGUCAGAGAAAGAUCACCUUUGGGCCAUUUGAUUCUAUCCUGAGUGACAAGGUUCAGUUUCCGUCUCUUUACCAAAUGGCCCCCAAGGACUCUUCCCUACAUAAGGGUAUGGUCAGAUUGAUGACUCACUUUGGAUGGACAUGGGUAGCUCUGGUGACAGUAGAUGAUCUCAGAGGUGAGGAAUUCCUUCAGGAACUGACAUUGGAGAUGGCAAAUAAUGGUGUCUGUGUGUCCUUCACAGAGAAGAUCCCUGUCAGUGAGAGAAGACAUACAGAAUCGCGCUUGACAUUUGUGCCCAGGAUCAUGACAUCGGCAACCAGAGUGAUUUUCAUUCACGGAGACACAGAUUCAUUAAUGAUCUUGAGAUAUUCACAAUUCCCUUUUUUCCCAUCUUACAAGGUGUGGGUCACCACUUCUUACUGGGACAUUACCAUGAGACCCCAAUAUGUUGAUGGUUAUAAUUUUCAUGGUGCACUUACAUUUUCACACCUAACAAGUGAAGUUCCGGGUUUUAAGGCUUUUCUCAGAACAGUGAACCCUACUAAAUACUCAGAGGACAUUGUACUGAAAGAAUUCUGGCACUCAACAUUCAGAUGUACAGAAGAACCUGAAAAACUGAAGCAAGAAAAAUGUUCACCAAAUGCCUCCUUGGAGACUUUGCCUUUACUUUACUUUGACAUGACCAUGUCUGACUUGAGUUACACCAUUUACAAUGGAGUCUAUGCUGUGGCUUGGACCCUCCAUGAAAUGUUCCUGAUGAAAUCAGAAAAAGGAGAAAGCUGGGUACCUCAUCCAUGGCAGCUCCACUCAUUUCUAAAGAAGAUCCAGUUCAACAGCAGUGCAGGUGACCAGGUGUUUAUGGAUGAGAAUAGAAACCUAGAAGCUCAGUAUAAAAUUCUCAACUAUGUUACCUUUAAGAUGGAUGCUGAAGCUCUGGUGAAAGUUGGACAGUUCAACCCCCAAGCUCAGCCUGGUGAAGAUUUUACCAUUAAUGAGGAGGCCAUAGUGAAACUUCUGGAUGAAAGAAAAAGUCAAACAGGCAAUCCAUCAGAUGACUUUAAACUUGGGACCUUUAGCACCAAUGGAGAUAGAGCUGAAAUGGACAUGAAAGUCAUGUCAUUUCACAUAAAUAUGAAACUGAGACAUUUUAAGGUUCCUUGUUCCACAUGCAGUGAGAGCUGUGGUCCUGGAUUGAGGCAAACCCCUCUGGAGGGACAGCCCAUCUGCUGUUUCAACUGUUCUCUGUGCCCUGAGGGGGAGAUCUCCAAUCAGAUGAGUAAGUAUCUGCAGCGUUGUAUGAAGUGCCCAGAAGACGAGUAUCCCAAUAAGGAAAGAAAUCAAUGCCUCCCCAAGGUUAUGACUUUCUUGGAUGUUUCAGAACCUUUAGGGAUGACUCUGAUCUGUGUGGCUCUUUCCUUUUCUCUAAUGACAUCUCUAAUUCUUUGGGUAUUUGUGAAGUUUCAAGACACCCCCAUAGUGAAAGCCAACAACCGGGCUCUCAGCUUUACUCUCCUCAUCUCCCUUAACUUCUGUUUCCUCUGCUCCUUGCUCUUCAUUGGUCGACCUACUUCAGCCACCUGCCUACUCAGACAAACAACUUUUGGGAUUGUGUUUACUGUAGCCGUGUCCUCCAUUUUGGCUAAAACCAUCAUGGUGGUCCUGGCCUUCAGAGUUACAAUACCAGGGAGCAGGAGCAGGAUAUGGGUACAAUCCAGAGUGUCUAACUCUGUUGUUAUCAUCUGUUCUGGGAUUCAAGUGAUUCUCUGUAGCAUCUGGCUAGGAACCUCUCCCCCUUUUCCUGACACGGACCCACACUCUGAACCUGACCGCAUCAUCAUUAAGUGCAAUGAGGGCUCUGACUUUGCCUUCUACUCUGUCCUGGGCUACAUGGGAUUCCUAUCACUGUGCAGCUUUGUAGUAGCUUUCCUGGCCAGGAGCCUGCCUGACGCUUUCAAUGAAGCCAAAUUCAUCACAUUCAGCAUGCUGGUUUUCUGCAGUGUCUGGGUCCCUUUCCUUCCAACAUACCAGAGCACCAAGGGGAAGGCCAUGGUUACUGUGGAAAUCUUCUCCAUCCUGGCAUCCAGUGCUGGGUUACUGAGCUGCAUCUUCAUUCCCAAGUUUUACAUGAUCCUGCUGAGACCUAACAAAAACACCCAGGAAAGUAUAAAGAAUAAAGUAAGCUCCAGGGGCAGGAUCCAUUCUGGAUCAUUGUCUGCUAAUUCUUACCAGAGGCAUAACCAGUUUUAA